GCAACUACCCUUUCCCCUUUCUCUCUCUCCUGAAAAUCCCCAAAUGUUCUCUUCACAAACCCUCAAUCACUCGAUGCCUUCAUUCUAGUUACUUGAUCAAUUUUAACUAAUCGGGGUUUAUCAUACAAAAUGGUCAAAAUUGGGUCGUCAAUCGCCGGUUUGGUAGAUCGAAGUUGACGAUAGCGGAAGCAGCGACGAUGUUUUGGAUUUCGCGGUGGUGAAAUACAUGGACGCGGUGGAGUUACCACUUCCAGCUGCUAUUGUUACAAAGAUCAUGAGAUCGUCAGGUUGCAGUGGUGGAGGUGGGGUUACUAGGGUAGAGUUGCUAGGGAAUCAAUCGGAGCGUGAAACUUGCAGUAGCUCAUUUCUUCCGGAGAAAGAUGACAACUGUAAUGCCAAUGGUUCAAGACCAGUUUUCUGGAACAAGAUGUCAGAAGAGGACCUCUACAGGUCAACCGGUCAACUGUCCAGUCAUCGUAGUGAAGAAACAUUUGUUGACCAUGAUAUGACCUCUGUACCAGAGGCUAAACAAUCACACAGAAAGUCUGGGAAAUCAUCUAGAAGCAAUGGAAGUAGUUCUAAAAGGUCACGAGCAGCACAUAUGGAAGCUUCCAUGAAUCUAACAGGAGUAAUCGAUGCAAAUGAUCUACAAAAGGAGCAAGGAUCUUCUUAUCCUGGAAAAUACAACAUUUCAGCUAAACACAAAACAACUGUAUCUGGGAAACGAAGUGAUAAAAGAAAUGGCAAAAUUCCUAAAAGCAAAUGUGAUUCUUUUUCUGUAAAAGCAGGCUUGUCAAGCUUCAGUUCAUCUGCUGGUGGAAAUAACAUACUUGGGGUAUAUGGUUCGAAACAUGAUAUAUGCGAUUUUGGAAAGCAUGUAGAUGAAGUGUCACUGAAUGAGCUUCUUGAUGGUAGUUACAAGUGUCCUGAUUCCAUGAAAGACAAGGAAAAGAAAACAGAAGCUGUAAAUGGAAGAAUUUUGCUAUCAGUUAGAGAAGCUUGCUCAAUUCUUCAACUUAAGAAGCCUGGUCAAACUAGUCAAACCCAGAGUGUGACACCUGUAGAUGGAAAUGCAGGAGAUCCAUCUUCUUGUAAAAAGGUUGCUAAUUCAUGCACCGGUGUUACUGAUCGCACAAAUAUACUUCAAUUCCCGUUAUUUCCACCAAAAGAUGUUUUAGAUCGCCUCUCUCUUCUUCCACCCAAGGAUCUUGAUCUUAUGCUCCUCGAUAGUAUGAAACCUACUUCAACCUCAAAAGUACAAAACGGAGGUAGUUUACCAACAUUUCCAUGGUCACAUAUCUCGGGAGGCCAUUUUAAAGCUAACCCUGAUGUGGUCAAGUCAACACCAAGUAAAAGUACAUGUCAAGGCAGAUGGGCCAAAAUGGGGAAAACAAAUACUUCAUUAGGAGACACAAAAACAAAAACUUAUCUUGCAGAUUUUGAGUCUUUAAGUUAUAAUGAAAACCUAGUUCCAUUAGGUCGUAAAUGGACCGGGCCCACCGAAAAUGAAAAAUCUCAACUACCAUCUACCAGUAAUGCAAUGGUUGAUCGUGGGGCUUCUAAAAAUCCAGGUGGGAAUUCUGCUGGGGUAUUAUCUGCUGCGCAAACAUUAUGCGACAUUGCAGCGCGCUAUCGCAAGCAAGAUCAAAUCGGGACCGUUAGAUGGCAAAAGAAAUCGUCUUCCCAAAAAUCCAUAAGACCAGCCAAAUUAAUCUCUGAUGAAAAACUAGAAAAAGCAUUAUUCGCAAUCCCAUCUUCACGACCUGUUGUGGGUCCCACCAAUGACAUCAAGACACAUACUCAAAAGAAACUCCGUGUCUCCACAAAUGACCCCACAAACAAAGCGCAUUACCACUGGCCAACCACUACGCCGCAAUCCAGCAGAUCGUCACCCAAUAAAUCUUUCAAGAAUGUAUCCAUGGAACAAAGCAACAGUAACAGUAGCCCGAUGAAGAGAUCCAUCACAACAACUCCACCUGGGAAAUUACUAAAUAAGCCUCCAAAGCUUCGGAAACUUGUACCAAUGGAGUGGAAAACCAGCAGGGGUGACCAAAAAGGUAAUGGGAAUGGGAAGUAUUAAAAAGUUUGAUUCUUUUUGGUUAAUUAAUUAUGUUGUUAGUAGUUCGUUGUAUCUUUUUUUUUUUUUGGUUAUGAAUUUGGUAGUUUGGUGUACAUAAUUUUAGGGUUUAUGGUGUUGGUGUAGUAAGUAGUACAGGAAAGGGAAAGUUUCCCUUGUUGGGUGUACAUCAUUGAAGGAGAGAGACUUUUGGUUUCUUUCUUUCGCUCCCAUCAUGCUUGUUGUAACUAUGUAUGUAACAGGACUGGAGGGAUAAAAAAAUUUCACCUUUUUUUUUUUUUU